UCGAUCUCGCUCUCGCUCACCCUCCUGCAUCUCGCUCUAUGCCUCCUCUCUUUUGCUCGUCCACCCGCGCUCGCCCUCGGUCUCUGCCUCUCUCUUGCUCUGCUCGGGCUCGGCCCCUCUUGCUCUCGCUCGGCCUCGCUGCCUCUCGCCUUCGCUCGCCCUCCGGCCCUCGCUGCCUUUCUCUUGCUCUCGCUCGCCUUCGGCCCCUCGCUCUCUGCCUGACUGCCUCUCUCUUGCUCUCGCUCGCCCUCGCCCUCGCCCCCACGCUCGCUCGGCCAGUCGGCCUCUCUCGCCCGCUCGCUUGCUGCCUCUGAUUCAGGUUUUCGUUUUACCCCCCAAACUUCCAGUCUCCAAAUCUGCUUCAUUCGAGCCCGGAUCUGUAUUACUGGAUCCAGAUUUAGUGACUUGGAGCUGAUUGGAAGGGGGUCUUUUGGAGAUGUUUAUAAGGCGUUCGAUAAGGAGCUUAACAAAGUGGUUGCUAUCAAAGUUAUAGAUUUGGAAGAAUCGAGUAUUCAUAACAUAUUCAAAAUGCACCGAGGACUGAGGCGACAAAUUUUUAGAGUUUAACUAUUGUUCACGCAUCAAUAAGAGGAUGAAAUUGAUGAUAUCCAGAAGGAAAUUGCAGUUCUAUCACAAUGCCGAUCGCCUUAUAUUACAGAGUACUAUGGGUCCUAUCUGAACCAAACCAAACUAUGGAUAAUAAUGGAAUACAUGGCUGGUGGUUCUGUUGCUGAUCUAAUUCAACCCGGUCAGCCACUGGAUGAGAUGUCUAUAGCUUGCAUUUUGCUUGACUUGUUGCAUGCGAUUGAAUAUCUCCACAAUGGAGGGAAAAUUCACAGAGAUAUUAAAGCGGCAAACAUUUUGUUGACAGAGAAUGGUGAUGUUAAGGUUGCUGACUUUGGUGUUUCUGCACAAUUAACACGGACAAUAUCAAGAAGAAAGACUUUUGUAGGAACACCAUUUUGGAUGGCCCCAGAGGUAAUUCAAAACUCAGAAGGAUACAAUGAGAAGGCAGAUAUCUGGUCUCUAGGGAUAACUGCAAUUGAAAUGGCAAAAGGAGAACCUCCACUUGCAGAUCUCCACCCCAUGAGGGUUCUCUUCAUUAUACCUCGGGAAAAUCCACCACAGCUGGAUGAACAUUUCUCUCGUCCUAUGAAAGAAUUUGUUUCACUGUGCUUAAAGAAGGUGCCUGCUGAGAGGCUUAGCGCUAGGGAACUUUUGAAGCACCGUUUUAUCAGAAAUGCUAGGAAGAGCCCAAGGCUAUUGGAGCGAAUAAGAGAGAGACCUAAGUUCCAACUAAAAGAAGAUGGAGGAACCACCCAAAAUGGUCCUAUAGCUCUAGGGGAGGCAUCAGGCACCGUGAAGGUGACAAGAGACUCAAAAGCUGAAGAAAUGGUUCAAACCAGUACCCAGGGGAAGACCUUGAGAAAUGCAGGAUGGGACUUCAAUGUUGGUGGGUCACCUAGUCCAAGUACCGGAACAGUGCAAAGUGUUGUAAAACCACCUCAGAUUAGAGACAGGAAACCAGAGGUUCCACUCAAUCAGGGUAAUCCAAGAAAAGCAAUAGAUGGGGGUAACAGGUGGGGAUCUCCUCCUAGAAGUUAUGUUCAUGAUAAAGUUGGGAAAGAUGCUAGUGAUCAACUCCUCCAUGAAAAAAAAGAGUAUUAUCGUGAAGAUGAAGAAUCAGCUGGGAGUGGGACAGGGACCGUGGUUGUACGAUCUCCUGGUGGACUUCAAUUAUCCUCGAGUACUUUGUCUAGCAGCAGAUACGCUUCUUUUGAGGAUGCCUCUACAACAGGAACUGUUGUCAACCGAGGACAAAAUGAUGAUUCAGAUUUUCCACUAACUCCAAAAUCAAGAGUUGGCACCACAGAAAGAUCUUCAAGUGCUUCUGAAGACAGUGCAAUGAACCUUGCCGAGGCAAAGGCUGCAAUGCAAGCAGGGUUGAGGAAAGGAAAUACUCGGGAAAGGUCAGCAUUGGCCAAGUCCAGUAGAGAUGGGAAUGAAAGUAGGAAAUCUGAGCAAUUAACAAAUAGCUCGGAUUCUUCAAGUCAUUCUAGCCAUUACUUUGAUACACAAAAAGUAUCUCCAAAAUCUGACAAAGCAAUUGUUGAGGAUGACAGUUCAAGAAUUGCUGUGACUUCAUUAUCUGCCCCAUUAUCAUUUUUGCUAAUCCCUUCACUAAAAGAGGCCAUUUCUGAUGAUGCAGAGGUGCCAGCUGUCCGUGCAAUGGCAAAUUCACUCGUAGAUAUGGAACGCAUCAAACCAGGUUCUAGUGAAUUGUUCGUCACCAGAUUCCUUCAGCGGCUUGGAAGUUCAAAGGAAUCUUCGUUGAGAGAUCUGCAGGAGCUGGCGGCUCGCAUCUUUGGCAAGGGCAAGAUGGCUACUGAACAAGCAGAGGCUGCAAAUCCUGAAGUUGACGGCCGGAGAAAGCAACCCAAUAAGGAAUUACAUUCUAACACCAACUUAAGCUCAUUAGCAAGGUUCCUGUUAUCAAGAUGGCAAGGCCAAGUUUCAAGAGAUCUGAACCCGACUUAAAGAAAGUUGGGUUUUGCUCGAUUUUUUUUUUUUCUUGGUGCGUUUUGUUUAUUAAUCAAUUUUGAUCGGAUGUACAUAUGAUUAUAUGAUAUUUAAAUUUUUGUUUCUCAUCUCAGAGAAAUCAUUAUUAAGUUGAAGCAUUGAUUUAGCUCUUUCUAAAGGAAGGUUCUUUU